AUGUCUGUGGUGGUGGCCUACCUCAGACGUCGUGGGGUUCAGCUCUUCCCCUAUCUUGACGACUGGCUGGUCAAGGGCAGCUCCAGGUCACAGGUGCGGGAUCACAUGGCGCUCCUCCUGUCCACAUGUGCCACCCUGGGCCUGUUGGGAUUGGAUCAUCUCUUCCCGUACAUUAGGCCCCCAGUCCAGCAGUGGAACCUGAACUUGGUGCUGGCCUGGUUGACGGGUCCCCCGUUUGAGCCGCUAGCUAGAUGCUACUGGUCGCACCUCUCGCGGAAGGUGGCCUUCCUGGUGGUGAUCACUACCAGCCCCCCGAGCCCCCUGCCCCGAGACCACCCGGCUGUGAUCAAGCGGCGAUUCACCAGCGUUCUGAUCGUCUCUGGCCUCUCACCACUCUUCGUCUGGCUCUGGAAGGAGCUGACAGGCAUUAAGCCAGGUAUAUCCCUGCUAGUUCUGCUGGGCUUCCGACUGGAGGGAAUCGUGCCAGCGACUCUACUGCCCUUGUUGCUCACCAUGGUCCUGUUUCUUGGGCCCCUCAUUCAGCUCUCGAUGGACUGUCCCUGGGACUGGGUUGAUGGACUGAAGGUCAUGUUUGACCCCCGCUUCUGGGCACUGUGCCUGAGUGACAUGCGCUGGCUCCGCAACCAGGUGAUCGCACCCCUGACGGAGGAGCUGGUGUUCCGGGCCUGUAUGCUGCCCAUGCUCAUCCCUUGUACCGGCCUGGGGCCAGCCAUCUUCACCUGCCCGCUCUUCUUCGGGGUUGCUCACUUCCACCACGUUAUUGAGCAGCUACGGUUCCGCCAGGGCAGCGUGGCCAGCAUCUUCCUGUCGGCAGCUUUCCAGUUCUCAUACACUGCUGUCUUCGGGGCCUACACAGCGUUCAUCUUCAUUAGGACAGGACACCUGAUUGGCCCUGUGUUGUGCCACUCCUUCUGCAACUACAUUGGCUUCCCUGCCAUCUGUGCUGCCCUGGAGCAUCCCCAGCGCCUCACUGUUGUCAUCUUCUAUGUGCUGGGCAUGGUGCUCUUCCUCCUGCUCCUGCACCCCAUGACUGACCCAGCUUUCUUUGGAGACGUCUCUAUUUGCUCUCUGUCUGCAACCAGCUCUGGCUUCUCUGUGUGCUCCUGACACCUGGGGCACGGGUUUCAGACCCGACACCCCCCUCCCCCAAGAGCAAGAUAUAUAUUUUUUUAUUAUUAAAGUACUUUGG